AUGGUCAGGAGGAAGAAGCAUCGUCGAGAAACUUUUUCUUUCGUUCAUAUAUCCCAUCUUAAUGGAUUUAAGGACAAGGAGACUCAAAACAAGAUUCGUCGUCAUGCCAUGGGAGCGGCAGGCCAGUUACGACUGAAGCCGCGCCGAAACCCGACUGUAUCCGUUGAUGUCCAUCCAAACACAACCACUAUCUUCGGUCAAAAUCAACCAUCUUUAUCUCAACGCCCACAGCAGCAAAUAGCACCUCAUAUUGCGUUUUUGGGUACAUAUCCCGUCGAAACGAGCACCAGGGCCCGCCAACUUAUUCAUUUUAUAGUGCAGGUUGCGGGCAACCUUCAUUUCAUACCAUUUCGACAUGAAUCAUACUUAUUGGCUACUGCCGACCCCGCUGCGUUCUACCUUUACCUGGCAAAUGCAGCCUUUCUACAGAACCAUCUUACACAGAAGGAAAGCAACCAAGAGUCGAGUAAGUAUCUUGGUGUAUGUUUGAGCCAGGUUAUCACAAGACUAGAAAAGGAGGCUCCUCGAAUUAGCCCUGGCUUGAUGUACACUAUGUUAGGGCUUGCCUGCCAUGAGACGCAUUUGGGGAAUUGGGAUCGUCGGGCCGUUCACCUAUAUGGUCUCGAAAGAGCUGUGAAGGCCCGCGGAGGGCUUGGAAGUCUUGAUCAAAUGAUCUCACUGCUUAUAUUUUGGUUCGAUGUUCUCGAAUCAUCCUCACGAGAUUCUAUCCCCAGAUACGCCAUUCCUCCACAUCUGAUGGCAGAAUCGCCACCCGAGGGGACAAUAUCCUACCCAUUGACUAGAAUUGUCGAGAGGCUAACACGAUCUGGGAACCAUGAGAUCGCUGGAGCUCUCAAGAGUUUUGGAAUCCUUGUGGACUUUAUGGGCCACAAAGCUCACAAUGAUAAGGUUUGGAACAGUUCAUCGCAAGGAGCAUCUUUGAUAACUCCUAUUACACAUUCACUAUUAUCAAUGCCAAAGCCAAGGGGAGUAAUUGGCAGAAAUUAUGGUGGCUCCGGUGACUACUCGCUAGAAAUGGCCCGGAUUGCCUUGUUGGUUAUUCUGGCGCGGCUCAAACAAACCUUCUCAUUUCCGAGUGACGAGCUCAUUUAUCUUCAGGAGAGAUUCAGAAUGCUCCUCUGUUCCCACUCUGGGUCUGAGUUCCCAGACCUUGAGCUUUGGUGUGUGGUUUAUGUAGCCUUGAUAGACUCAGCGCAUAUGAGAGCAUAUGUCUCAUACAUCGACAAGUUAGCCGAGGAACUUGGAGUUAAGGGUUCUGAAAAAAUAUUGGAAUUGGCAAGAAAGAUAAUCUUUGCUGAUCGAAUCUUUCCCUCAGAAGUUGGGGUUUUAAGUUUCAACGCUGCGAGAGGAAAUAUUAUACCUGAUCAAAUUUAG